AUGACAGCAGCCAACAUGGAAACCAAGAAACUUGCCAAAACAGUAGAAGACGAUGAACCGGCUGGUGGAAGAGGGACGGUUGGGAUCGGUGACUUUGGCGUUAUUGAGCUUUUGGGGCUUGUUGCUGGUAUUGGAGCAGAAUCAGUCGGUAUACAAUUUGAAGAAGGCGAUGGAGUGGUUUUUGGUACUGGAGCUGUUCUAGGGGUUGUAGAGGGUGGCGAGGCGCCUGUUGUGCUCGAUGAGACAGUGAUAGCUAGCUUUUUUCGAAACUGA